UAUAAUUUUAUGUUAGGCGAUAACCACUCAUACAUUGCAAUAAUCUGUUCCAAUUUUUUCAAUUAUUAAAUAUUUAAAUACUAGUACGUUUAGUAUCCUUGCAGGUUGCUUGACAAUAAGUAAUGUUUUUGUCAUAAUUUAACCAAAAUGAAUGGGCACAAGAAAUUUUUAUUUUUGCAUUCAUUUCAUAAUUUUCAGAAUCUAACAAAAAAUGUUGUGAAUAAAAAUACUUAUAAAUCUGCUUUCGAUAUUUAUAAGGAGGAACUUUCAAAUUAUUGCCUGUUAAGCUAUUUAGAAAAUUUGGAUAGUAUUUUAAAAAAUGUACUCAUUCCAAAAAGGAUUAUUGAAUUUACUGGUUAUUCUGAAUCCACUACUAUAAUAUGUUUACGUUUUUGCAUAUCAGUUCAGUUACCUAGAAAUUUGGGUGGAUUAGAAAAAGAGGCCUUUUAUAUAGACACAACUGAUCUCGCUUCCGACUUUACUAAAAAAUAUUUAGAUGUAGGCAAGUUUAAUGUUAAUUCUAUUUUGAAACAUAUAUAUUAUACAAAAGUUAAUAAUUUCACACAAUUAAUGGGAUGCAUUUUUGAAUUGGAAUUAUUUUUGCAGGGAAAAAAUGUUUCAUUGAUAGUUGUCAAUAGCAUUACAUUUGUUUUGAGAUGUUUAGAAGUUAGAGAAAGAUUUGAAGCUAUCAAUGAGUUUUUUAAACAAAUGUCAUAUUUGGCUGAUAAGUACAAUGUGAUUGUGAUUAUUACAAACUUUCCUACAACGAGAAUAAACAAAAAUGAAACAUACACUACAGCAUCUUUGGGUGACAGUUUUUAUCACCUAGUUAAUUCAAGAAUAUCUUUUACUAAAAUUGGUUCCAUUUUCAAGGCAAAAUUAGAAAAAAGUUUAUUACACAGUGAAUGUGAAGUUUCUUUUCAAAUUUAAUAAUGAAUUUUUUCAAAUCAGAACAACAAAUGUUCAAAUAAAUUAUUCUGAU